AGAAAGAAAAAGAAAAAAAGGAUGGUAGUGGAACCACUUCCCCCCCGUCCAAGCAGAGGCAGAGCAGGCGAAGCAAGCGAAAAAGCGCGGCCGCGAAAGCGAGAGCAAAAGCCAAAGCCGGAGCACAUGAUUAUCACUACUUCCACCGGACCAAAGCCACCCACGGACCAGAGAGAGACGGGCACGGCAGGCGGCAGGGCGAUGGCGGCGAGGCAGGGAGUAAUCGGCGUCGGCGAGAUCACCGCGGCCGGCGGCGGCGGCGGCAUUACCGCCGGGGGCGGCGCGGCGCGCACGCCGGAGGCGAGCCCUUACCAGGUGCCACUUGAAAUAGAAGAGCAAAUUUACUCUCCAGUCUACGGGAACAUUGCAGUCCCUGACAGUCGUGGUUGCUGCAGUGGUUUCACAGCCAGUGUCACAAAGAUUCUGUUCAUCAUGCACCUCGUUGCUUUCAUCGCUCUCACAAUCUUUCUUGGAGUCCAGGCUUCUUCCCACCCGAAUCCUACCUACAAGCCCUUCGCCCACUUCAUCCCGCUUGCCUCUUCUGUGAUAUUAUCUAUCAUCGCUGCCUGCUUUUGGACUAUUCUUGCUGUCACUAAUCCUGCAAAAGCCAUCAAAACAUCUCUCUGGACAGCUCCUGUUUUCGCACUUGGCUGCGAUGUCGUCAUACUCCUUGUCGGUGAUGGCGAAGCCCUUGGCAUUGGAGUGCUCAUAGUUGUGAUCGCCAUUGCAGCGGCGCUGUACAGUUGUUGGGCCACUGGCCCGCGUCUCCAGCAUGCUGCUGCAGUACUUUCCACCUCUGUCAAUGGAGCACAUUUGCCGUUCAGUGCUUCUUGCCUGGUUGUUUUUGUUGUCCUUGCCGCGUUUGGCUAUAUGGCCUUCUGGACAGUUGCCAUCAGCUGCAUUUCAGCUGCAGAAGGGCACUUCAUGGAUUUCCAUAUUGUCUAUGUGGCUGUGCUCCUGGUGAGCAUAUCAUGGACUAUGCAGGUGCUGCGUUACUUCGUCUAUGUGGCCGUGGCAAGGCUGGCACAUGCGCCGCUUGCCUACGGAGUCCGUAUGCCAGGUGGUGCCGUCGAAGCAUUCUGUGGCACGAUAUCGGGGCCAGCUUUUGGUGACAUAUGCAUGGGGGCUGUGGUUGUCCCGGUGAUUGCAGCUGUGAGGAGUUUCGCUCGAGCGAUUAACGCCCUGUCAGGGGGCAACGACGAAUUCCUUUUCUCAUGCUGCCAGGGCUGCUGUCUGACUGUAUCAGAAAAAUUGAUGGGACGGGUGAACCGGUGGGGCUUUGUCCAUGUCGGAGCACGGGGGAAGGCGUUCUGUGUGGCCUCGCGGGAUGUGUGGUCCCUUUUUGUUCUUCGCGGGAUGGCAAAGCUUGUUGAUUCAGACCUCACUGGUUCGUUCUGCUUCCUGUCGGCUGUCACGGGAGGCGCUUUGGCCUCAUUGGUUGCUGGUUCAUGGGCACUGGCCAUGGAUAGGGAUCGUAAGGAGCUUGCUCUGCCAAUAGCGUUCUACUCAUUCCUCAUCGGUUAUUACAUGUGCCGAAUGAUGAUCGCGUGGCCACAGGCUUGCGUUGCAGCAUACCAUGUUGCAUAUGCAGAGAACCCCCAGAACCCUCACCUGGGAACACUGAUACCAGACCACCUGCGGGAGCUCCAAGCACUAGCUGCGGACUGAUCUCUUGCUCAUUGUCCAAGUGCGAUCCCCGCGGGGGCUGUAGAUUCUUCAGAUCACAUUCAUGAUUCAUAGAUUCUUCAAUUCGUUUAGUCAGCUUUCUGAUGCAUGAAACUUAGAAAGAAGACAUCGGUCAGUCAGAGUCGAGGUGCUGUGCAUAUGAUUCAGAGACUCUGCUGCCGCGUCGCCUGACAUAGGAAUGUUGCUUGUGUAGAGCGAGAUGUCACAGUCACCUGUGCAGAUAUUGGGGUCACUACAGGAGGCUAGAUGGAUGAUCUGAGACAGUAGAAUGCAUAUAUGGGCAGCUGUACCUGUAAAGAAAGUUUUGUGCAUGGAACACAUUUAUAGAAAGGAAAAUAGAUGAAUUGCUGCCUCCAA